AUGUCCAAGCGAAUACAAUUUCAGAACACGCGCUCUGGCAAUCAGACUUUUGUAUCAGUGAAUGGCGCUGGCAUACUUAACUUAAACGUUUCUAUGAGUAGACAUUGUAAAAGGAUAACUCUGACACUGAAUGGCAAAAAGCAAUCUGAAGGCAUUCGCAUCGCGAUUGGUUUCAAAGAGAAUAUUACGGAACCUUCGUCGCUGCUGAUUUCGGAAGGUGGAACAAUACUCAGAAGGGUAAUCCCCACAACGACGAAUUGCUCGCCAGCAAGAUUCCUGAGUAUAAAGAUUGUAAUUGACAAGGACGGCAUUGAUUUUAAUGUUGGUGAACGAUGGAGGAUGAUGUAUAAAUGGAUGAGGCUGAAUGAGGAUGACAUAUCUAUCGGAACUGAUCACAAUGAAAAGCGAUGUUGUGUCGUCUUAAAAGAUGUUAACUGGCUACGAAAUUACGGGAGCAAACCGUUCAUUCGGAUCAAAACCGCCAUACUUCAUAGUGACAGCAUCGGUCAGUAUGUUGAAGGUGCAUCAGAUGAUUCAUCUGACUCACAUAUCAUAAACAAUACCCAGUCGCUGGUCGAGUAUUCGAUGAGCAGUGAGUAUAACUUAACGGAGGACGAGUUCUUAAAUGCAUUCGGCACUUCAAUGACGAAUUCAGAUUCAUGGUAG